CAAUAAUUAAUUAAUAACUGGUCCCAUUUCCCGCGAAACGCGAGUGGUCAACAAAACAGGGUUUCGCUUAAGAUUUCUGGUUUUACAGCAACCUUCUUUGACUUUCAUCAUGGUAAAAAGAAAAUGUCAGUCUUCAACACUCAAAGAAAAUAAUGGCUGUACAGUACCAGUAUUUCAUAACUUCACAGACGAGGACGUUAAGGAUGUGCGGGCCAGUCUUGUGACAUGGUAUGAGAAAAACAAGAGGGAUUUGCCAUGGCGGAGAAAUGCGACUAAAUCAGAUUUAAAUGAACGAGCUUAUGCUGUAUGGGUGUCAGAGAUUAUGUUGCAGCAGACACAGGUUGCCACGGUGAUUGAUUACUAUAAUAAAUGGAUGAAGAAAUGGCCUACACUGCAACAACUAGCUGGUGCCACACUUGAGGAAGUGAAUGAGAUGUGGUCAGGACUAGGUUAUUAUUCUAGGGGUAGACGUUUACUUGAAGGAGCUAAAAAGGUUGUUGAUGAGUUUGAUGGUGAAAUGCCGAAAGAUGCAGAUGGUUUGUUGAAACAUUUACCAGGUGUUGGUAGAUAUACAGCUGGAGCUAUUGCUUCUAUAGCUUACAAUCAGGCAACAGGUCUGGUGGAUGGUAAUGUAAUUCGUGUUUUAUGUAGACUACGAAUGAUAGGUGCUGAAAGUAACAAUCAAGUUGUCACGGAUACGUUAUGGUCAUUGGCAAACAGUGUUGUUGAUCCAGAUAAACCAGGAGAUUUUAAUCAAGGUUUGAUGGAGCUUGGAGCAACAGUAUGCACACCAAAAUCACCAGAAUGCUCCACCUGUCCACUGAAAAAUAAUUGCAGGGCAUUUAAGCAGGUUGAAAAAGAUAAAUUGGAAGCAGCAGACAAACUUGGUACAAGAAAAGCAGAAACAGAAAUAGCCGACAUAGAAUGUUUGACAACUGGUUGUCAACUUUGUUUACCUGCUACAGAAGUUUAUGAUUCCAGUAUUGGUGUUAUGAAUUAUCCCCGGAAAGGCAAGAAGAAAGCUGCGAGGGAAGAGUCUACUCUAGUUUGUAUCACCUGUAAAAAUACUAACACAGAAGAUGAAUACCUUGUAACACAAAGACCUGAAAAAGGGUUAUUAGCAGGAUUGUGGGAGUUUCCUAGUUUACAGUGUAAUACCACACAAGCAGGGGAAACCGAGGCAUCUUGUGACAAUAUCUUACAACAGAAUGGUGUUAUAGUUAAAGGACAGCAAACAUUCAAAAACUGCGGUGAGGUUGUUCAUAUAUUUUCUCACAUUCAUCAAACAUACAUGGUAAAAUGUCUGACUGUGAAUGAGUCUAACAUCACACUAGAGGACAAGUCUAAAUGUAAAUGGGUUACCAGGCAACAGUUUAUGGAAGCUGCAAUUUCUACAGCUAUGAAAAAGGUUUUUAAAGCAUAUGAAGGGGCUGUAAAUGAAAACAAGAAAAAAAGUUCAGUGACAAAGUUGAAGGGGAAAGAAGACAAGAACCAGAAAUCUAUCCAGGCUUUCUUUAAACCAAAGGUUUCCUGACAGAAAUAUUUGCUAGAAUAUACACUCUAAGUUUCUCUGGAAGAAACUCAAAAACUUUCAUAUAAUAUGUAUAAACUGGUUUUUAUUUUUUACCCCUGAAGACCUUCGGAACGUAUUAUGGUAUGCUAUCUUUGACGGAUUUCAAUAAUAGUGUUUAUAUAUGGCAUGUAAUUAUGUUUUAUUGGAAUAAGGUAAUGUUCGAUUUUGCCUGCAGUCAACUCAUUAAUAGAGUUAUGCCCCUUCUUAUAAACAAUCUGAAGUGAAAAUAUUGGUUUCCUCAAAUUAACUUAUGAGGGAUAUCAGAGAUUGUGUUUAUAUUUGGCAUUUAAGUAUGUUAUAUCAAACAUGUUUUUGGCUGCAAUCAACUCGUUAAUAGAGUUGUGCAAUUUUUUAAGUGAAAUUGGUUUCUGCAUAAUAGCUUUUGAAGGAUUUUGGUGAUUGUGUUUAUACACAUGUAUUUGGCAUGCAAUUAUGUUAUAUCAAAACAGGUCAAGUUUGAUUUUGGCUGCAAUCUAUCACUGCAUUUAUAGAGUUAUGCUCUUUUUAAAGCAAUUUGUGAGUUAAAUAAUGGUUUCAGCAGCAAAAAAAACCUUUGGAAGGAUUUCAAUGAUUCUAUGUUCGGGUAUGUAUGUUAUCAAAACAAAGUUAUGUUCGAUUUUCAUUGCAAUCAAAAUUAUUGGUAGAGUCGUUGCACUUUUUCUGCCUAUAAAACUCUGAAAUUACUGAUUUGUAAAAUAAUUUCAAUACACUUGUUUGGAUUUGGCAUGCAAAUAUUUAUAUCAAAACACGUGUCCGGUUAUAUUUUUUCUGGAAUCAGUUAAUUUGCAACCUUGAUUUAAUUGAUUUCAUUUAAUGAAAUUGUUCAAUUAACUACAAUUACUUAUCAUUAGGUUAGGUUGUUACCUAGACAAAAAAAUUAGACUGUUUUAAUUUUUGAUAGAAAAGUCAUAAUGUCUUUUCUUGAGGCACAUUUUAUAUAUGAUACCUUCUUGUAAAUUAUCGUCAGGUAUAUAUUGCCCCACCUCAACAGAGCUCAAUCUUGUUAAUGAAUUCUGGUAAACUAUUUGUUUAUAAGAUAUGUUAUAUUGUACAUCAGGAUUUUAUUAAAAAAAGAAGUAUUUAAGUUUUUGUUCUGUUCUGUUCUGUCAAUGAAAUAAAACUCAUGGUAAACUUUUUGCUUGUAAGCUGGUAUCUCCCUAACUACUGAAGGGAAUGGAAUGAAACUUAUCAUACAUUUUCACUGUGAUUUUUAACAUGAUUGGCACAGGUCCAAUAACUCCGAUUUACUUAUUU